CUGCUCUGUUUUCAGACAUUGAGAAAGAAAGGCCUAAACGGCUGUGACAGCCCAGACCCCGACGCAGAUGACUCGGUUGGCCACAGCCCCGAGUCUGAGGACAAGUACAGGAAAAUAAACGAAGACAUUGAUCUGAUGAUCAGCAGACAGAGACUGUGUCAGGCUGUACCUCCAUCAAACUACGACAUGCCUGUGUCCAUUCCCGUUAGCAACCAGAACAAUCUAAUCUACAGCCAUCCCGGCGGUUCCCUAGGCAACCACAAUCUGUUGCCACUGGCACACCACGGCCUACAGAGAAACAGCAUGUCUCCUGGAGUGACACACAGACCCCCCAGUGCAGGUAACACAGGUGGCCUCAUGGGUGCUGACCUCACCACUGGCGCAGGCACCAGUGCUGGAAAUGGCUAUGGAAACCACCGCAACUCACCUGGGCUGCUGGUGUCUCCGGGAGGAAUGAACAAGAACAUGCAGACUAAGUCUCCACCCCCCAUGAACCUGGGCAUGAACAACCGCAAACCUGACCUACGCGUGCUCAUCCCCCCUGGCGCCAAGAACAACAUGCCCUCCAUUAACCAGAGAAUAAACAACUCCCAGUCUGCUCAGUCAUUGGCCACCCCUGUGGUAUCAGUAGCAACUCCCACUCUACCAGGACAAGGCAUGGGUGAGUAUUCUCUGAAUAGCGCAGACCUGUCCUCGCUGUCUGGCUUCAACAGCGGAAGCUCCCUACACCUCGGUUCAAUGAGUGGGUGGCAGCAGCAACACCUUCAGAACAUGCAGCACUCAGCCCUUGGACAGCUAGGAAAUUGCUCUAGCUCUCACUUAUGUCAGGGUUCAAAUCUCUCCCUGCCCUCUGCUCAAAGCCUCCACAUCAAGUCCGAACCUGUUUCUCCUCCUAGAGAUCGCACCAGCAGCACACCGGGGGUCUACGGUGGUGGGGUGCCACCUCCCCAGAACCCCCCGUCCCGCCAGGACUCGGGACGCUCCCCUGUUGAUAGCCUGAGCAGUUGUAGCAGCUCCCAUGAGGGCAGCGACCGCGAUGAGCACAGGAAUGAGUUCCACUCGCCCCUGGGACUGGCCCGGCCCACCCUGGACGAGCGUGAGAGCCCCUCCAUCAAACGGGUGCGCCUCUCAGAGGGAUGGGCGACAUGAUAGCUCUGCCCUCUCCCUGGCAGUGCCCCGUGUUGCCCCAGUUAAUGCAGCAUCACAAUGCCCGAAGUCAGCUAUCUCCUCCUCGUCCUCUCACUUGAUAUCACGAGUCACUCACCACCCAACUCUAUGGCUUCUCUCAUUUUAUCUCUUUAAUGCUGAAGGAAAAAAAAGGACAACCCUUUUCAGAAAUCUGUUUGUUGUAAUUCCUUUUUAUUUUAUUUUUUUCUCUUUUGCUGAGUGUGUGUGUGCUAUACAUAUUGACAUUAUAUAAACCAUUGGGGUGUUGUAAGGGGCUUUUGGGAGGGUGGGUGUCUGUUGGGAAGGUUUCGGGGGAUUUUCUUUGGGGGGGAACUAUGCAUAAAUUGUAUUGUAUGUUGAUGAAAAGAAUCACGUAUGCAUAUAUCUUUACACGUGUGUAUGUGUACAUAUAUGCAUAUCAGCCAAUCAAAAAGAAAAAAAAAAGUCAGGUACUCCAUCUCAUAAAACGUACUUACACCUUGCCUCAGCGAUAUAACAAUGACUAUACAAAAAAAAGAAAUAACAAAAAAACAAACAACAACAUUUACAUGAGAGUGAGUGUGUCCAGUGACAAACACCUUAGCACUUGAGUUGGACAAACAGUAUGUGUGUACAGUAUCAGUUUCAAUGCUAUAUACCUUCUUUGCAGUUCUCCCUUGCAAAAAUAUGUGUUAACAUUAGAUGAUGUCAUGUUGCAGGUUCAACGUAUUUAUGUAAAUAGUGGGUGUAAGGGGGUAAGGGCAGGGGUCAUGAAGAGGCCAGACAUUUCAAGAUUUAUUAAGUCACUAAAUGAAAAGCUAUUAUGCAACAUUUGAAGGAUUGUACAGGUAAACAGGUUAACCCAAUGCCACGUGUGUGGCACUUUUGAUGAUUUUAGCGCUCCCAUGAAAGAAUGGAGUUAAGACCACCCUCUGAUUUCAGAGCUGCGUUGGUCUAAUCAAGAAAACUCUGGAUCUAGUAUUAACUACUCAGUAUUGAUAAAUGAGAAAAAAGGAAAAGAUUAAAAAAAACAAUUGUACGAUACACUUGCUUAUAUUUUCAUAUGAAAGGAAUACAAUGCAAAGCAUUUUUGUGGCUUUUUGUAGUUUCUAUAAGCCAGAAUGUGUUUUUUGAUAGCUUUGCUAAUAAGAGAUGGAUAGUUCACCCAGAGGGGAAAUGACCGGGCUUCAAAGCCCCAAGCCAUGAAAACGAGACUGAAAUCCAAUGCUUUGCUGAACUGUUUUAACUUUGUAGAGGUUUGUUUUUAAACGUGUAUUUCUAAUUAUAUAUAAUAAUGGUAAUAUUAAGAAUCUUUAAAAAAAAAUCUGUGAAAUUAACAUGCUUGUGUAUAGCUUUCUAAUAUAUAAAUAUAUAUAAUAAUGAUUUUUGUUGGUUUCUUAGUGGAGUUUCAGUGUGCAGUUGCACAUGUUGUCUGGUUUGUUUCAUUUGAGCUCUGAAAAGUGCUAUUCAGGGUUGUAUUUAGACUAACUUUAAGAACCAGCUGGAAAGCAUUGCCAGGAUUUGUGUGACAUACAAGAGACAGGCGUAAAUGCUGAAAAACAUCCUGCUUGUGGAAAAUGCCACAAGACUGGAACUGGGGAUGACUUAAGGAUUGAUAGUCACAUACAUAAUAUGUCUGACCCCUUGGAGAUGAAAUAUCCAGUGCAUUUUCAGGCAUGAGAUAUUCAUUAUAAAUUUCAAUGGCCGAGUUUAAUCCAGUUAAUCCCAUGAGGCAUAUUUUUGACAUUAUCAGCCUCCUUAUUCCACCUCAAGGCUUGUCAGAUCUCAGCUCGUGUCCACGAUGAUGCACAAGCUCAGACAAACUCUACAGUCUUCUUUUGAAUCAAAUUUCUAUAAUGCAAUUUUAAAAGUGCAUUGUGAUGAAUUAUGGCUGAUUAUUCGCAGGCCUAAUUUGAUUCUCUGUCAUGCAGUCACUCCUCAUGUUCCAGUAUUCAAAACAGGGUUCCACAGCGAAUCCCUUACAGUUCAGCUAUAGAUUGAAAAGGACAAACUGAUAAUGCUGGUAUGGGAGAAGCACAACUGUUAAUUUUAGAUGAAUAGUUAUUUUGAUUUUUCUCUUUUUUAAACAAUGAAACUAGCCACAAACUGGUAUCUCUCUGCCUCCCACUCCCGUAUCUGCUGUCACUUAAGUGUUAUGAUAUUUCUGUGUGCAUAUUUCAUGCAGGUUCACGAUGUUGUUACUGUAUACAGUCUGUGUAGUCAAACGGGGCAGAGCCUCUGUAAUGGUGUUCUCUCUUUAUUUUUUAACUUCAAUACAAAAAGGUUGAGAAAAAAAUAAACAUGGUGUUAUAGGCAGCAAGUGUGGAGAAACCAAAGCCAGUGGCAUUUCUGUGUUGUAAAAUCAACAUUUAUUUUCACAUUCAUUUAUGGUUUUUGCAAGCAUUGAAACAAGAUAAUAAAAGAAUUUGCUGAAACGUACAAUUGUUUUCACAUUUCAAUUGCAGUCAGUAGAAUGCAGUUCUAGUUUAUAAGCACCAUUAUCCAUAACAAGCACAAUGAUUAGCCAUUGUUGGCGCUCAUUUGUCUCCCUGUGCAUUGCAUUCGAAAGGUUACAUCCCAGAAUUUGAUUUAAUUUACUAAUUAUUUAUUUGUUCCUUUUGUGCUCUGAAUCAGGAGAAUUACUCAGAGCUGUCAUGUAAAAUGAAUCCUCAAUGUACACUUCUUCAAACCACUUUUUUUUCUGGUUUCUGAAUGAAGCCCAUUAAUGCCAACAUUUCCGAACAGUGCUAAAAUUUCAUCAACAAUUUUUUAACCAAAGACCUGGAGAAAUAUUUUGUGUUGUAUUUCUUUUUUGUGUUUGUUCAAUUUGAAACCAUUACUUUUCAACGCCUGAUGAUCAGUUGUUCUGUUUCGUUAGGCGAAUAGAAUAAAUGUUAGUACCUCAAAAUUAACCCGAGCAGUACCUCAGCUGAUGUUUUGAAGAGUCACCUGCAGUGCAAAGGGGAGACCACACCUGUACAGCCAUGUGUAAUUACCUUCGAUUGCUUAGGGUCGUGAUACUCAUGCAGGAUUCUUUGUUGCUCCACUGUGUUUGUGGUUUAUUUAAGUUGUGUUCAAAAUCUGAAAAGGUAUUAAAAAAUGAGUAAUAUGUUAAACUAUUUCAAAAGUCAGUCUGUAGUAUCGAUGUAGCUUGUAUAAACCUGAGAAUGGGGAAAGUUUGGGAGCUAAUGUUUUCUGGAAUACAAGACAGGUUUUCUGCGGCAUAAGCUGGCCUUUGUCGCCACUUGAGACUAAGAUGGAGUUGAUUUAAAUCACAUCUCUGUAACUCAAGGGACUUGAUUCAGCUGUAUGUAGUGAAAACGUAUGGAGAUGGAACUAAAGUCUCCUCUGCUGGAGGGAAAGGCUAUUUGUAUUUUGCAGAGAUUUCAGUAAAGUUACUGGCUUUCUUAGUUAUCCUGAUGUGACUCAGUGUGAUUUCAUUGUGUUUGACUUGUUUCUGCAUGCAUUCCAAAUCAGAGAUGACUCACGCCAUACAUCAAAAAUACUCAAACAGAUCAUUUAAUGAAUGACAACAUAUUGCACACAUUUUCAUCCCGUGAGAAUGGAACUCAUCACACUGUUAUUUGUCUUUUACACAGUCACAACUGAAGUACACUCAGGUCUGAAAUACUGCAGACAUGUGUUUCCUUGCAUUUAUAUAUAUUAGCUUUUUCUUUUUAAAAAAUACAUUUCAGUGAAAAUUCUGAAGGCAUUUAUUUUUACGUUUUUUUUUUAUUUCACUUUGACCUGCACUGGUAUUAUUUUUCUAAAUUAAACACAAGUGCACACAAAUGUACAUUUCACAGUGUAAAUCCAUCUAUGGUGAUAUGCGUCAAGAAAUGAGACAAACAUGACACAUUAAUCAAUAAAGGGCUCAUUUACUGAUUACCUGACCCACAGACACAGGCCCAUUCCUGGAGGAGCUCAUUCGUUCCUCAGCGGUGGAAGAAAGUCAGUGAAAAUAAAUACAAAUGAUGAAGAAGGCAGAGCCCCUUUUGUAUAGGCUAAUCCAGGAUAUUUGUUUUCGUUUUUUUUCUUUCUUUUCUACUUCUUUUGUUUUUUGGUUUAGUUUUCUUUGCUUCACCUUCCUUUUUAUUUUUCGUUUUUCUUUUCUUUUUCUGGAAACGUUAAUGUCCAAUUCGGUCCAAAUAUUACGCCCUGUUGCAAAACCAUCCUCAUGGUAUUAUGAAGUGGCUUGUGAAAUGGAACCAUUCGUCAAACGUUAAUACGACUGUGACAAUUGAAUUUCUAAUACUUUAAGAAAAAACGGUUUAAUUGGGCGAUUUUUUUUAACGUCAUAAAUGUUACAAAAAAGAAACGAACAUCUCUUCAAACACGUGGAGUGCUCAUUGUAUUUAUAUGUUUGAUGGGAGAAAGGAACUCUUUCAGAAACUGCUAAAAUUCGUUAGUUUUUGUUUUAUUUUAGACUGUGUCGCUGUAGGCCUCCAUGGAAAACACACCGUGUUUCUGUGUGCUCUUCACACAUUCUUUGGCUCGCGUUUAACUUACAAUGCAAUGUAAAUAUAAAAAAAACAACAUAAGCAGUCCCAGUUUCUUUCUGGCUUUUACUCUCUUUACAAUCAUUUUAAUAACGAUAAAUGACACGAUAUCAGUUGGACCAGCAUGUCGUGUUUUGUGUCAAAGAAGGAGAUUAAACACGUUUUGGACAAUAUUUUUAUUAAAAGAAAACGAUGAAGUGGGCUGAACAGCAGAGAAAAUGACCCCCUGAUGUAUGUUAACUGAAAUAUUACCUCAUUGGUCAAAUUAGAAUGAGCAGAAUUUUGUAUUUUUCGUUCAGAUUCAAUGGAAUCGUUACGUGAUCUAAUCAUUACUUUAUCAUAUAAUAAUUUCUUACAGUGCAUUUUCAAAUCUAAUGUCUUGAUGAAAAAAUGUAAAAGACUUUUAUAAAAGUAUAUCUUUUUUACAUUUCACGAAUAAGAUCUCUUCACAUAUCUUGAUUUAAUUUUCUCAGGAAGAAGGACAGAGAUAAAGCAUGUCACUCUAUAUGCCAUGAAAAAAAAUCUCAUCAACCUGCUCUUAAAAGGAAAAAACUCCCUUUUGUUAAAAGAAAAGGAAAUGAAACACUAAUAAACGCCCUGCAUCCAGGCAAAUAUCAAAACAGACUUAAUACUUAGACUGUUUUGAAGGUUUUUCUCGUCUCACUGCUUAUCUACUGAUUCAUUUUUUGGUUAAAGCUAAUCUCCUGUCGCUAAUGUGUUCAUCUUUCCAUCAACGUGGCGUGCUUCCAAUUGACACGCAUGCAAAUUGGGCUCCUAAGUUUGGCUUUCGAUAGAUAUACGCCUCUGAACUGCGCUGAAAAACUGCGAAUGUACAUUUACUCCCCGUAAAUCAGGAUCAUCGAAGCGGCGUGCAGUGAUUUGGCGAGCAGAUUCUCAUUUCGCUGACAUCUAACCUGCAUCCCAGCCAUCUCAAAACCGCGCGCAUUCUCCAAAGCCACCGCUAGAUGUCGCCGUUUAGUCGUCUUGUGGCCACCCACUCAACCUUCACCGUCACCAUCCUUGUCCUACACAGUUAUUGAAUAUUCAUCAGACCUUUAAAAUCUUAAGGAUGUGAACACACCAGCUUCUCCAACAAUUCUUCUUAGAGGUGAGUGUCAAUGCACAAUAGUCCCUUCCUGAUGUGUUCAGUCUAAACGGAGUUGUUUGCUAUCGGAUAAACGAAUAUGUAAGCCAUAUAUUCAUAUAUCAAGCACAGUGGUGCAAUGAUAAUUAAAUAAUAACAACAAUUAUUAUUAAAAAAACAUUAUUUUGAUAACGUUGGAAUUGUUCAUUUGUUGCAUAAGCUUAGGUAUUCUUUGGAAAAUUCGGUUGCAUGAGCACGAACUUGGAAGCGUUUUAUUAUGAUUAUUUUAGUACAGCACAACUGUAGAAAAUCGUUUCCACACGGACACACAAUCCGCUUCAGUUCAUAUUAAAAAUUGGUAUCAGUUUGCUUUCUGGUCUGAGAUUUGGGGGGCAUGGACAAAAACGUGUAAUCUAAUGGACGUUAUGGGCCAGAUUGCCCCGCUGUUUUGCUCGUUUUAAAUUAAUUUUGAACGUAUGGAUGAUUAUCCGAACAAUGACAUCACAACACUCCCGUUUUUAAUACAGCAUCAGGGACAGCUAUGAUUAAAAGUUACUUUUCAACUUUUUUCAGUCCCAUCAUUUUAUAUAUUGGUUAAUUUCUACACCAGCACGUGGCCUGACGGCUUCGUUACGAGCACAUCAUUGUGUCAGACACAGAGGUGACCCGGGCCCUUUGAAUUAUUCUUCCAUACCAGAUAACCUGGACGUCGUGGACUCAUCUAGAACACCCCAAAAACAGGCUUGCUUUACUUACAAAAUCUACACGAUAUUGUUCAGCACGUUUGAUUAAACCAUGAAAAAACUAGGCCACUCAAGGUCUGGCUUCAACGAAUUGGAAAACACUUACUUUUUUUUAUUUAUUAUUAAUUGGAGAUGAUUGCUCAACCAUUUUAAGGAAAAGCUUAGUUUACCCAUACCCGUUUAUUUAGGAAUAACUUAUCGCAUGGAUAUAUACUGAAGCAAGAGUAGCAUCGUUUUUUGGAAGAAAUAAUGUUUUGUGUGCAUACUGUCGCUUAGUGAUUAGUGAGGAAAACAUGGGUGGUGGAACAAAGCAUGACUGCUUAUUAAAACUCACCCAACGCCUCAUGAAUAACCUGGUGUUUUAAUAUUUAGGAACACCACGGAAUGAAAAAAAAACGUUACUUUUUUAGAAUUAUCAGCCCAGCAUAGGUGGGGUAUUGGUCUCCUGUGGCUUUGAAUAUGUUUACGUGAGCCAGUCUGACCACUGGUGUUGAGCCACGAGCAGUUAAAGAGCAAGGUUCAAUGACGAGGAGUAGCCUAUAGGGACUGCAUCUGCUUUGGCUGCACGAGGAAAGUUUGCACUCCAGGAAAACAUCCUACCAUGCAAAACUAUAGCUCUGGUGUCCACACAGAGCAAAUAACAGCGGCUGCAUUUUAUUGACAGGAG